UCUCUCUCUUCUUCUUCUUCUUCUCUCUCUGUCCCUAUAUCUCUAAUCUAUCAUAUUCUAUUCUAUUUUAUUCACUCCUCACGACGACCUUAAAAGCCUCAAACCCACAUCAAACUCUUGCUCCUUUUUCAUUGUUUUCUCCAAAUCCAUGGCGGGUGAUUUGCACGCGCUGCCCAAUUCCAACAGCGGCGGUGCCAGUAAGGAGAGCUCGAAGAAGGCGAAAGACAAGAGGAAGAAGAAGAAGCGUGGUGGUGGCAAGAAGAAGAUGACCGUUGAGCAGACUCUGGCGUUCAAGUCGGUGAGCGAGUGGAUUUCUCAGGACCAGUUUUCUUCUCCCACUGCUGCUUCUUGCCUUGUUGACGAUUUUGGGGUUCAGAAGAGUCUCGGCAGAGGUGGGGAGAAGCUGGUCUUCGAAUUGCAUUCUCAUUCCAAAUGCAGUGAUGGGUUUUUAUCGCCUUCCAAGCUCGUUGAGAGGGCUCAUGGAAAUGGGGUGAAAGUUCUUGCUCUGACAGAUCAUGAUACAAUGUCUGGCAUUAGUGAGGCUCUAGAUGCGGCUCGUAGAUUUGGGAUGAAGAUAAUCCCAGGUGUUGAAGUUAGCACAAUUUUCUCCCCAAGAGGAGACUCUGAAUCGGAUGAACCAGUACAUGUCCUUGCAUAUUACAGUAGCUGUGGACCAACAGGUUGUGAGAAGCUGGAGAAUUUUCUAGCUAAUAUAAGGGACGGUCGGUAUCUUCGUGCGAAGAAUAUGAUUGCAAAAUUGAACAAGCUCAAGUUAUCUCUUACAUGGGAACAGGUUGCUAGAAUUGCAGGCAAGGGAGUUGCUCCUGGGAGGUUGCAUGUGGCACGUGCUAUGGUUGAAGCAGGUCAUGUGAUGAAUCUGAAAGAAGCUUUUAGCCGAUAUCUUUUUGAUGGUGGACCUGCUUAUUCUACGGGAAGUGAGCCUCUUGCCGAGGAAGCAGUGAAAUUGAUAUGUGAUACAGGAGGCGUGGCAGUGUUAGCUCACCCUUGGGCAUUAAAAAAUCCAGUGGCCAUUAUUAGGAGGUUAAAGGAAGCUGGCCUUCAUGGGAUAGAGGUCUUCAGAAGUGACGGAAAGCUAUCUGUCUACAGUGAUCUAGCUGAUACUUAUGGUCUUCUGAAGAUUGGAGGGUCAGACUAUCACGGACGAGGUGGACAUGGCGAAUCUGAACUAGGCAGCGUGAACCUUCCGGUGUUGGUUCUGCAUGACUUUCUCAAAGUAGCUCGGCCCAUAUGGUACAGUGCCAUCAGAGACAUUUUAGAGAAAUGUGCUGAAGACCCUUCAGAUUCAAACCUAGCGAAAGUUAUAAAGUUUGCAAGGAUACCAACUUUGAAAGGUGGUUCCUCCUUGAACUGCAACAAAGACAUAAUCGAUGGGUGCUUAUCACUGUGGUUGACAAAUGAAGAAAGGCAUAGUGCUGAGUUUGAAGCUAUCAGUUUGAAGCUCUCUCAGAUUUCAUUUAAUCAGGACGGAUCAACCUUACUAUAAAGAGUAAAUAUUCAUGAAAAAUAUGGUAUACAUGUUCCCAUUGUCCUCCAUGUAGUUGAAAUCCAAUUUAUUUUAAGAUUUAUAUUUUUAAAAUUUCUAGUCUUUGUACUAUUGAAGAAAGCAUUAGUUUUUUCUUCUGUUUUUCAUUUUGGGAAGGGAAUGGAAAUUGGCCUACAUGUUACCCAUUGAAGAAUCUCAGAAUGCAAUAGAAACAUAAUUUUUCGCAUUCAAACUUACUUUCUGACAUACUGAUAGUGUAUUCAGUUGAUUGGUAAAAUUAAUCCCCUUCCAUUUGUUUA